GUGACGCGCACCACACGAGGGCGGCGCGCCUCCGCGGUGCUUCCAAAACUUCCAUCUGCCGGGGGUUUCGCUUUUAGGAGACUCUUUACCGGCUGGGCUGCGGUUCGUUAUGCGCUUUUUCUGUAGAUGGCGAGAUGGUAAACCAUGAACGGAACAAGAAGAUCCUGCUGGAUCUGCUGAAGCAGCCGGAGAACAGCCGCUGCGCAGACUGCGGCGCGCCCGAUCCAGACUGGGCAUCUUACAGACUGGGAGUGUUUCUGUGCCUGAAGUGCUCUGGGAUCCAUCGCAGCUUUUCCUGUCAGAUCAAAUCCAUAGAGCUGGAUUUCUGGGAUGAUAAACAAGUGGAGAUAAUGAAAUCUAACGGCAAUGCCAGUGCCAAAGCCAUAUAUGAGAAAGCUGUUCCACCAUACUACUAUCAACCCUGUCAGAGUGACUGCAACGUCCUGGUGGAGCAGUGGAUUCGAGCGAAAUAUGAGAGAAUGGAAUUCACAGGAGAAACCAAGUACCCACCUCCGCCGUACACCACAGGUUUCUACGAAGGAAUAUUGUGGAAGAAAGGGAAAGAGAACACGCAGUUUCUGAAGAGGAAGUUUGUUCUAUCUGAGAGGGGGUUCACCCUGACGUACUACAACAGGGAAGAUGAGUCCAAAGGCCCCAAAGCUGUAAUCUUUAUCAAAGACCUGAACGCCACAUUCCAGACGGAAAAGAUCGGACACCCUCACGGGCUUCAGAUCACCUACCAGACUGAACACAACACCAGAAACCUUUUUGUUUAUCACGAAAAUCCAGAAGAUAUAGUCACAUGGUACAAUGUGAUACGUGCUGCUCGCUAUUCAUACCUGAAGACAGCAUACCCAACUGGAAGUGACAAAGAAUUGGUACCAAAGAUAACAAGAAACUACCUUAAAGAGGGAUACAUGGAAAAGACAGGGCCAAAUCAAAAAGAACAAUUCAAAAAGAGAUGGUUUGUUUUGGACUCUCAAACAAGGAAGCUGUAUUACUUCAAAGAUCAACUGGACGCAGAGGAGUUGGGGGUCAUUUUCAUCGGCACAGAAAGCAACAGUUACUCAGUGGCUGCGUUUGCUCCAAAAAGCACUCGAGGAAACAAAUGGAAGCAUGGCAUUAUGGUGGACACGCCUGCGCGGCAGUUUGUGUUAAUGUGCGAGCAGGAGAAGGAGCAGAGGGAAUGGAUAGAUGCCCUGAGGAAGAUCCAAUCCAGGCCCAUGUCCCCGCAGGAUUACACUGCUGAAGCCAAAAUAAGGUAUAAAUGACCUUCACACAGAUGGAAAACAGUAGAAAAACUGCAGCAAGACCAGAAAAGGCUAAACCUUUGCAAGAUGAGAGGUGAACUCCACACUGCUGAGCUCUCGCCAAAGAACAUAAUAAACUAAAACCUCUGUUACAAGAAACUUCGAAAACUGCAUAGAACUAUUGAAAUUUGCAAACUUGUACCCUGAUAUAAAAAGGAUGUUUGAUAAAGUUCAUUCCUUUAACAAUGUUUUUGUACAGUAAUAUAAUAGGAGUCAUAAUUUGGAAUGUUAUAGGCCAUCAUUUUUUUAAAUUAUUUUUAUAACUAAGGUUAAACUGUUUUUUCAUAACAGGAGCAAUCAAAAAGAUCAACUUGGUAUGUUGUCAAUGUUUUUUUUACCUGUCAAAAUCAUUGUUUGUUGGAAAGUAAUAAAGCAACUUAGGGAAUUCCUCACAUA